AUUGAUUGUUCUUUAAUGGUGCAUGUUGUGCACUAUUACGCGCGCUGGGACCCCCACGCUCAAAACAGGGAGGAGGACAUGCACACAACUCCAAGUUGGACACAAAAUUGUAACCGUGGUCGUUUUGCUUUCUCUCUAAACCCCCAAAGGACCUGAGCGUAUUUCUCAGAGUUUUAACUUGUAUUAAAAAGUAUAACACUUUAGUAGUCAGUUGGAUUAACGGUGGGAGAGAUGGAGCAUCUGUACCCAAACGACGCGUAGCUCAACGUCACUGCUCUCCAAAGCUCGGCACGGACGAUGUGGUUCACCGGCGUGGCCAUCGCUUCAGUUUAUGGCGUAAUCAGUGUGUUGGGGCUAAUCGGCAACAUCACGCUCAUCAAGACGUUUUCUUCUGCCAAAUCCCUCCGCAAUGUGCCGAAUCUCUUCAUGUCGAGUCUUGCGCUGGGGGACGUUUUACUGCUGGUGACCUGCGCUCCGGUGGAUGCGAGCCGCUACCUGUCAGAGGAGUGGCUGUUCGGGAGAGUGGGCUGUAAAGUCAUCCCCUUCAUUCAGCUCACCUCGGUUGGGGUGUCUGUGUUCACUCUCACUGCCCUCUCUGCUGACAGGUACAGGGCCAUUGUGAAGCCCCUGGACAUCCAAACAUCAAGCACCACUACCAGCAUUGUCCUCCGGGCGGCGCUCAUCUGGUUCUUCUCCCUGGUCCUGGCCAUCCCCGAGGCCAUCUUCUCUGACCUCCACACCUUCCACAUCACCUCCACUAAUGAGAGCUUCGUCACCUGCGCCCCUUAUCCCCAUUCUGGGGAAUUACACCCUAAAAUCCACUCCAUGGCUUCCUUCCUCAUUUUCUACGUCAUUCCCCUGCUGGUCAUAUCUGUGUACUACACCUUCAUCGCCCUGAACCUGAUGAGGAGCGCCUCAAACCUUCCUGUGGAGGGGAAUGUGCAUGCAAGACAACAGGUUGAAUCAAGAAAGCGCUUGGCCAAGACAGUGUUGGUAUUUGUUGGGCUCUUUGCAGUAUGCUGGCUUCCCAGUCACGUCAUCUACUUAUAUCGCUCCUAUCACUACUCCCAGGUGGACACUUCCCUGGUACACUUUGUGUGCAGUGUUGUAGCUCGUAUCCUGGCCUUCACCAACUCCUGCCUCAACCCCUUUGCCCUUUAUCUGCUGAGCAAGACCUUCCAGAAGCAGUUUAACCAGCAGCUGUGUUGUUGUUGUCGUAAGAUCCUUAAACACUCCUCGCAGAGCCUGACACAUUAUAAUACCCGUGUGACCUCCGUCCGCAGUACACAUCACUCCAUAGCCAGUCUAAGCAUGAUGAAUGGCAGACGGGUCCAUCAAGAGGAUUGUGUGUAA